GGAGACUGUGCAAGGGCAGACGAUGGCUCCGGACACAGCGGGCCUGAGACCCGGCAGCCUGGAUAGUGAGAAAGCUCUGCUCCACGUGGUCCAGUCACCCGGCCUUUGGCCCCACUCACCCUUCAGCCUGGCUUCAUACCCCUUCCGAGGCACCGCCGCACUUUCUAUCAUUCACACGCACCCACCUCUGCCUUCUGACCCCCAGCUAUUCAGGCCCUUUCUUAGGGCAGACCUGCUGGCAGAGCCUGUGGAAGGCGGUUGGGCCAGAGCUGUGCCAGGCGUCCUGGUCCUGUCCUGGUAUCCACCUGGCAUGGCUGAUGAUAAUGGGGAACCCUCUGAUGACCUGGUGCCCGCCAUUCUGGACACCGCCCAUCAGUACAACAUCCAGGUGGCCUUCCACAUCCAACCCUACAAGGGCCGGGAUGACAUCACACUGCAUGACAACAUCAAGUACAUCAUUGACACGUAUGGCUCCCACGGUGCGUUUUACCGCUAUAAGAACAGCAUGGGAAAGAGCCUCCCACUCUUUUAUAUCUACGACUCAUACCUGACAACCCCCGAGGCCUGGGCCCAUCUCCUGACACCAAGUGGGCUGCACUCAAUCCGCAACACCCCCUAUGAUGGGGUCUUCAUAGCGCUGCUGGUGGAGGAGGGCCACACCCAUGACAUCCUGGCCGCCGGAUUUGAUGGCAUGUACACCUACUUUGCCUCCAAUGGUUUCUCCUUCGGCUCUUCCCAUCAGAACUGGAAAGCUGUGAAGAACUUUUGUGAUGCCAACAACCUCAUGUUCAUUCCCAGUGUGGGGCCUGGGUACAUUGACACUAGCAUCCGGCCCUGGAAUAACCACAACACGCGGAACAGGGUCAAUGGCAAGUACUAUGAGACAGCCCUGCAGGCAGCCCUGACAGUGAGGCCCGAGAUUGUCUCCAUCACCUCUUUCAAUGAGUGGCACGAGGGCACCCAGAUUGAGAAGGCCAUUCCCAAGAAGACGCCAACUCGUCUGUACUUGGACUACCUGCCUCAUCAGCCCAGCCUGUACCUGGAGCUGACUCGCCGCUGGGCGGAGCACUUCAUCAAAGAGAAGGAGCAGUGGCUGAUGUGAGGGGCCUGAGGUGCUGAUGUCCCCGCCUCACUGGAAUACUGUCUCCAUGUGGGGCUCAGCCGAGGGUGUAGGUACUCGCCGUCCCCUUAUCAGCAGCUGGUGCCUCUGGGUGGGCCAUCAGGCCUGGGCCCAUGUAGGAACAGAGCCUGUUCCUCAGGCAAGUGGUGCUGGGUUGCUCUGCAGCGACAGGAACCUGGGCAGUGCUGCAGAGGGAACUGUAGAGGCUGGCAGGUAACUGGAUGUAGCCCAGGGAAGCUUCACAUCCUCAGUGAGACACUGAAAUAAUCCCUCUGGCUUUGAAUUCAGCAGGUUGCUGUGGUGUGGUGGACUCGCCAAGCCACUGCUCUAGGAAGGGUGUCGGGGUUCUGGGCUAGCAUGCACCCUGCUCCCUUCUGCCACCCCUGCCCUCUCUUCAGGCCUCCUUCCCACAUUGACCAUCUUGUCCAAGUUAGGGAACCAUACUUGAGACUUUCUAAAAGGGAAAUUCUAGGAUUAAGCUAUUUCCAAUAGAUUCCUGAACCCAAUUUUCAGGAAAUAAUCCUGGGCACUCACACAUUAAUUCAACACAGACUAACACCACUUUACUACCAGGAGCAAAUGACCAGAAACGGUUCAUCUUCCUUACAGGACCCAGCUUCCCUCAUUUGGUAUGGCCUUGUAGCUGGUGCAGAAGCACAGCUAUAGGUUUUACUUUUGCAGUUUUACCCACUGCUGGGCGUUCUGUUUUCCCUAAGAAAAUACCUCUGUGCUCAAUCCUCCAUUUUCCCAGAUGAACAUUUAGCUUCAGGGAGAGGACUAGGACUUCCCCCUCCCUUUAGCUGCCUAAAUGGAAUGAGGCCCAUUCACUAGAGCCAUUUUCAGUGCUACUGUGAUUUGUAUUAUUAAACAAUGUGGUCUUCUCAAGUAA